AUGGAGUUCUGCCAUGCAGGUAGUAGUUGUUGCUGUUUUGGCGACGGUGCAUCGCGCCCCUUCGAAAAUCGCACAAACGUUCAAUUUUGGCGGUUCGGAUCGGCGCCGGAGGCGCCGCUGCCAGGGGGCUCCCGCGCCGAUGCAGGAAAUUCGCGCGGACAUCAAAAAUGCGAUGUUUCUGCCAUUGUCGGUUCCCCGGCACCAGAGCGCGGCGUGCGCUCGCCCUCGCCGUUGGCCAAGGGUAUGAUCCUGCCGCCCCCCGAUCCCAGCAAGGCCAGGGCCGAGCCGGGGCCACCUGUCGCGGCAGUCGGCUGA